AUGGGGCACUUGAGCUCGAGCCCGAGCUUCUGGACAUGGAAACACCAAGGGUUAAGCAUCCUCGCAGCCUCUGACAUUGCGAAAAUCCUCUUCUUUCCUGCUUUUGUUCUCACUGUUACUCUAUGUAGGGCUUCUGCAAGCUCUGUAGGGUUUGGAGGAGAGAUAAAGCAGCCAUUUUCCCGCUUUAUUGUGCGACGGAUUUGGGCAAGAGCGCGAAUAGCUGAAUGUGUAAUGGCGACGAUAAAUUUGGAUGGGAGUCAUGGGACUGGAUGUGGACGGAAAAAGCAAUACAAAAUAUUAAAAUUUGUAUCCAGCCUAAAACUCGCCGCCCGAAACCCGUUGGUGUCGACUAAGCCUCGUCACCACAGCAAACCUUCGCCACCGCAGCUCAACCCUAAAAAAUCCCUCAGAAAGCCGACCAAAACCCUAGCCACCUCCCCAAUCCAAGCCUCCUCCAACACAACCCAAAAUCGUAUGCCGCUGCCGCCGCACUUCAACCCCUAA